UAUAUAGGGACAGGAUUUGGUCCCGUUAUGCCAAAACAGGGAAUACAAUCCGUGAUUGUACUGUAGCCGUUGGAUUAAAUUGGGGCAUGAUCUAAUGGCUGGGGUUAAAGUAGGGGUAUUUAGGGGGGGGAAAAUGGUAACCGGUUGGUUUUUUGUAUUUUAAAUUAAUUAAUUUUUGAAAAACUGACACCGAUUGGCGAUUGACGUGUGAGGUGUGACGUUUGAUGUACGGGUGACAGUUAGAAAUUUUGAAAAGUCACUAAAUAGUGGGUUCGUGGGGUAUUUAGGGCACAUUUGGUUCUUCUUCACACUUCUUCAGAUUUCGUUCUUCUUCUUCUUCACAUUGCCUUCUUCUUCUUCUUCUUCUUCUUCUUCUUCUUCUUCUUCUUCACAUUUCCUUCUUCUUCUUCUUCACAGUUCCUUCUUCUUCUUCUUCACAUUUUCUUGUAGUGAUUAAAAUUAUUUUCAAAUUUGGGGGAGGAAACUGCAGUACGUUCGGAGUUACUGUACUUCGUUUUCUGGUUCUCCGUCUCCGACCUUGGUGUACAAGUAAGUUUCUCCGAAUGUACCAACUUUAUUCUUCUUUUGCAUGUUUGUUCGUUCUUUAGUUUGGGGAUGUGAAAAAUUGUCUAACAUUGUUAAAGAAAGAUUUAAACUUUUGUAAAGAGAAGUGUUGUUCUUCAACCGUGUAUGUGCAUUUUAUUUUGUUUUUGUGUUCUAUUUUUUGUUUAUUGAGUAAUUUUAAUCUUUUCUACAUGCUUUAAAUCUGCUUCGUGAACAAGAUUUUUAUUCUGAGAGUGGUGAAAAUCGAAGUUACAUGUGUGUACAGUUUUUGUUUGUUUUUUUUUAUUGUGAAAGUAUUUUGGAUUAAUUUAUUCCCUGUGUAUUAGGGGUCUUUGUUCAGAGUCUGUUAGAGAUUGUUCAUCACUGUAAGUGGUUGUUAUUUUUCAGUUAGUGAAGAUUGCAUUUAAUUUUUUUUGGUUAUGGUGUGUAAUGAAUAUAUAAAGUACUCUUCUAUUGUACUCUGAAUAUAUGCAAUAAUAGUGAAUAUAUUCAGUUAUUGAAGAUUGGAUUUCGUUCUCUGUUUUCACCAUUGUCACUGCCAUGAUUCUUGAAUCAUGAACAGAAGGAUUAACAAUCCUAAUACAGUGAAACAAUUUUAAGAAAAUAAUGUAAUGAAAGAAAGAAAAGCAAUGUAAACAUUGGUAUGUAUAGUGUUGGUGGAAAAUAAUUAUUUUUGAAAAUCAAUUUUGAUUGGUAAUUUGGUAAUUUUAUUGUGAAAGUGUUUUGUAUUCACGUGUAUGGUCAUUUUGGUGUGUAUUUUUUUUACCCAAAUGUUUUACCGUGGGCUGCCCUAUAUUGACCGAAAUUUUUUUUUUGAAAGUAAGGAAAACAAUGGAAUGGUUAGUUAGGUAAAGAAACUAUGGUAUUAAAUUUUUUAGUUCAGAUUGUUACUUACCAAAUGUGAUGUUUUUUGUUAUCUGUUGUGAGUGAUUGUUGUACUUUAAUUAGAAGUUGUAGUUUAGAUUUUACUAUUGUUAUGAAUUUGUUUUGAAAAAUUGGAUGGUUUAGACACAAGAUUCAUGAGUUAAUGAGAUACAGUAUUGAUAAAAACUAUGGCAGUUUGGAUUUUUUGUGUAUAUGAAUUAUUGGAGAAGUUAUUGAAAUUGGUUACGACAGUUAGUAGUGAAGCAUUGUUUUGUUAAUUCUGAUAUUAAAUGUUUUCCAACUGGUUUUGUACUCUGUUCAUUAUGAAUUAAGAGGUACAAGGUACCCAGAUUGGUUAAGUUUGGGGGAAUUUUGUCUAUUCAUGUGUGUGCUUUAUGUUCUUGGUUCUCACGGAUUGUACCAACUCGUUUGUACCACUUUUUAGUUAUGGGAGUUAGUAGUUAAGGUUUGUUUUGUUCAUUGUUUUGGUUGUGGAAAUCAUUUAGUUGAAAAGAGUUUCACAUCAUUUUAAUGUACUUUAAUGUGUAACAUGCAAGAAGCAUGAAAUGUGUGUUUGAAAUCUGAAUUUUUCCAAUGCCGAAUGGUUAAGUUGAUUUGAUGUGAUUUUGGGUGAUUACAAUGCACGAUUUUCAUUGUGUUUUGGUCAAUUUUUUUUUAUAUAGUGUAUUUGUUGAAAUAUGUAGUCCUUAUUGUUUAAAUUUGUUUAUCUUUAAUUUGGUUAGGUUCAUCAUACAUGGCUGGGAAACGCAAAAGGAAAGGGGGAAAUGAACCCGUAAAGAAGGAUGUCACCCCCGAGCCGAACGAUAAUGCGGUUGCUUGGAGAAAUUUCUUCAAUGCGAACUACAAAGCCCUUCGAGCAGCUGAGAAGGGAUUAACUGAGAAAGAGGCUACCGACAAAUUGAAAGUGCAAUAUAAAGGUUUCACCGACGAGGAGAAGUCUGAGUGGAGAAGCUAUGACCCUAACCCUAAUCCCGCUAAGAAGGCGGUGCAAACAAGGGGGAGGAAACCAAAGGCAGCUGAUGCCAAGGGGAAGAAAGUGGAGGUGGAUGAGGAAGAGGGUGCUCCUGAAAGUGAAGAAGCAUCUGUGUACGGUCGAUGCUCCUUCAACCGUUUAAUGAGGAUUUGCAAGAACCUGAACCUGGAGCAGAAAGAUGUGAUCCAAAAUGCUGGAUUUGGAUCAUUCAUCAGAGAGGAUGCACCAUACGUUGACACCCGACUAGUGAGUUGGUUAAUCAAACAUGUUGACCCAACCACUAGCAUACUGGAUUUGUAUGGGAGGAAAAUUCACUUAUCUGCCGCGAUGUUCGGAGAUGUUAUGGGGGUGGACGACGGAGGGGAUCCUGUAGUCACCGAGGGUGAUAGUGACACUCGAUAUCUGGAGGAGAUAUUGAACGUUGUCGAGUACACCGUGUCCUUGACAAUGUUGGAGAAAUCUUUGUUGGAGUGCGUUGAGGCAGCAUGUACCUAUUUCUGA